AUGGCUCUACAAAGAUCCAGCAGCCUGGCUAAGCUGCCCAUGUUGUCCUCAGCGCCCAAAUCCCAGCAGGCACAAGGCCCCUCAUACUCCACGCUCGUGCUCCCCCAGCUGCACGAAGCAGGAGGACGUCAGGGGCAGCUGCUCCUACAACCUCCUCCUGGCCAGCCAAAGGCCAACUGGAGAGGAGCUCGGCUGUGGGCCCCAGUUCAGGACCUGCCGCUGUGCUGCCCCCAAGUCAGGGACAAGAUGGGAACUGGCCCAGGGACAAAGGACAGGAGGCAGGACAUCCAGAGCAACCAGGAGAGGGAGGCACAGGAGCAAAUAAAGAAAAUGAAGAAGGAGAGGCUCCUAAUAAACAAGGUGCAGUGCCUGGUGGCUCAGGAGAUACGGGACCGCCUGCAGCAGCUUCACCAGCAACAGCUGAGGGUGCAGGAAGCAGAGAUCAAGGCACAGCAGAUGGCUUUCCACGAGAAGGAACCAGAGACGGCCCGCCUGUGGACCCUGCAGCAGAGGGUCAGGGACUUCCAAGCUAAGAAGGACAUGCUCCAGGCCAAGCAGCACAAGGAGGCCAAGGAAAGGGAGAAGCAGCAGAGCCUCCUGGAGCAGAUGGCCUGCAAGGAGCACCAGCAGGUCAAACAGACCAAGCGGCACUGCAGCUAUUUCGAGCAAGUUGUCAGGAAGCAGCAGGAGCAGGCACUGAAGGUGCAAAGGCAGCAGGAGGAGAGGGUACCCAAACAAUUGGAGUACGGCAAAGCGGUGCGGCGCCUGGUGCUGGAGCGCCAGGAUCAGCUGGUGCACAAGUGGGCCAUCCGCUUUGAGGCUGGGAAGCACCAGCAACAGGACAUGCAGAAAACCCCAGACUGCAAUGGCCAGCUGAAGAGAACCAGGAUGCAGGAGCUCUGAGCCACCGUCCUGCCUGACAAAUACUGCAGAGCUGUGGAGCACAAGGGCUGGAUGAAACCAGGGCCCAAGGACUGAGAGUCUCUGUGUACUGCCCAGCCUAACCCAGGGGGGGCGUGUGAGGCCUCUCC